GCUGUUCGCGAUGAGGAAGAGAAGAAACGCGAGGAUAUGAAAGCUGAGUUUGAGGCGAAAGAGAAGAAAUCAGAGGAAGAAUUUUUGGCUAAGCUCAACGAAGUCGAGACUGCCAAGAAUAAGGAAAUUGAAGAUCUGAAAUCCGAGCUGGAAUCUUCUCGAAACUCUGAGCUGUCCUUUAAAGAAGCCAAAGAACAGGAAGGCGCAUUGUCGGAAGAAGUUGAACGUUUGAGGAAACAGCUGUGGGAUUUGGAGGAGAAGAGUCAGGAAGAGGUUGUAUAA